CUCUUCCUCCUCCGCCGUCGCCCUAGGCAACAUCUCCAUUUUUAUCUCUAGAAAUCCAAUCUUGGCUCUCUGAUUUUCUCCUCUAAAUCUCUUAUUCGUGAUCACCAUAUCCAGCUGAUCAAAAAUGGCGGACGUAGUUCAGUACAGACUAGAGCGUAUGUUAGAUGAAUUAGAAGACCUAGAAAAAAGAGGUCUUUUCAGUCGCCCAGAAAUAGCAGAAAUCGUUAACAAGAGAAGAAAGUUCGAGUACAAACUUAAAAGACCAAGUCCGCUAAAACAAGAUUUCUUAACUUACAUCGAUUAUGAGAAACAGCUUGAUUCACUUCGUAGACUUCGGAAGAAAUUAGUUUCUGAAGAUUUGAAAGAACAAGGUAUUAAGAAAAGGAAAAGGAAAUCUUCUUCUGAUAUUGCCGGUGUUUUGAGAAUACUUGGGAUCUUUAGAUUAGCUGUAACCAGGUUUAAAGGUGAUAUUCAUCUUUGGUUUAGGUACCUUGAGUUCUGCAGGGAACGCGGUCAUGGUCGAAUGAAGAAAAUUUUACCUCAGGUGCUUAGGUUUCAUCCUAAGGUACCUGGUGUUUGGAUAUAUGCAGCAAGUUGGGAAUUCGACCACAAUUUGAAUGUUGCUGCAGCUCGUGCACUCAUGCAGAAUGGGUUGAGGGCAUGUCCGGAAUCUGAAGAUUUAUGGGUUGAGUAUCUACGAAUGGAGUUGACUUACCUUAACAAGCUGAAGGCACGAAAGACUGCUCUUGGUGAAGAUACGGGGACGUUGGCUCGAAAAGAAGGGGAUGUUGAUGAGAAACAGUGGAGAGAUGAAAACAAGGAUUUGUUUAUGUCUCUGGAUGGGGAAAAGGAAGGUGUCGAUGGUACUGAUGUCCAAGAGGGAGAGUCAGAGAAUAAAAAGGAUACUUUUAGAGAGCAGGGGUCGGUUAUUCUUCAGACUAUAUAUAGUGGGGCAAUUGAAGCGCUUCCAACAAGCAUGAGUCUGCGAAAGCGGUUUUUGGAGGUUUUGGAUGGUAUAGACCUGGCCCAUUCUGAAGAGUUGAGGAAAGAAAUGAUGGAUGGCAUGAAGAGAGAUUUUGCGAAGAAAGCGGAGUAUUGGGAUUGGUUAGCAAGGCUUCAAAUUGGUGAUCUUGAAAAGACAAAGGAUAUGCGUAAAAAGGACAUGCUUGUCCGGUUAAAUAAAGCAGUUGAUGUAUAUGAGGAAGCACUUGAAAGCAUGCCUUCAACGGAGAUGUUUUCCUUCUAUACCAAUUUUUGGAAGGAUGUUAUUGCGCCAAAAGGAGAAGAUUCCCAAGUUUUCGAGCCGACUGAUGUUUCUGAUAAAACAGUAGAAUUCACAUCUCGUCUGUUUAAAGUAUUUGAAAAGGCUGAAUCUAUGGGAUGCAUCACAGAGGAUCUUGCGUACCAUCAUAUUUCACUGUACUUGGAACUAGGGAGAUUUGAGGAAGCUAGGAAUCUGGCAGAAAAGUUUUCUAAUGGAAAACUUUCAUGCUCGGUGAAGGUGUGGGUUUUAAGAGUUUCAAUAGAGAUGAAAUGGACGACCAGGGAAUCUGCUUCUCUUAGUAAGGAUGACCUGCGUUCUGUCUUUGAGCUUCUGCAAAACGUGUUAUCAAAAGUGGCAAUUUCAGAAGCUGAAAGCUUAUGGCAUAUGGCCAUCAAGUUCUUUUCUAGUCAACCAAAGUAUUUUAAGAAACUGGUUGAGACUUUUCUAGCUUUCUUAACCAAAGAAAAUGAAGGCAACGUUCCACUUUCUUCUGCCAUAGUCCAUCAUGUUCUUCAGAAAGAUGGUCUUCAACGUGCAAGAGAGGUGUACAAGAGAUUUCUCGCUUCACCUCACCCAAGUCUGGCUCUCUACAAAAGCUGCAUCGAGUUGGAGUCUAACCUUGCGUUUGUUGGCGAUAAGAAUGCUCUUUCAAAUGCGCGCAAGUUGUACGAGUCUGCACUUACAACUUAUAACGAAGAUACUGGAUUGUGGCGAGAUUAUUACUCCAUGGAGAUCAAAAUGGGGUCCUCAGAAACGGUAAAUGCUGUAUAUUGGCGUGCAAAGAAGAUCCUCAAAGACACUACUGAAUUACUUGCUCCACAGAAUUUGUGAUGCAUUUAAUUUUUGUUUCCCAAAUCACCUUCAAUUUUGACAAGUUUUCUAGUUUAUCUAUUUAUAGACCAUAUGUAAGAACUGUAAAAGGGUUUGUAGGUCGGCCAGUGUACAAUUUUCAGUGUAACCUCACACAGGCCGGGAAUGAUUGAAACUCUAAAACAAAUUCGUUUCCUCAACUUUCAUCUGUACAAUCUUUUGAGAAAACAUUGGUCUUUUGUGUAUUUGCACCCAAUAGCCAAUAUUAUACCAAAUCAUUUGAAUUUCCAAA